UGCCUAUUAGUAGGCUCUCUGGAUCGCAUUAUUUAAGUCCUCACGGUGGCCAUAACUGAAACAGUUGGUACUCUUAUGUCUCCUGUCUCUCUUCCUUGUACUACAACUCUCACUUCCAGUCAUCAGGCUUACAUUUCUGUACCCUUUCGUAUCACUUUUGCUAUGGAAGACCUGCUUGACCAGAUUCGUACUCUGGCUCACCAUGGCGAUGAGAAGCAACGCCAGGAAAUCCUGGACUCGUUGCAAUCCUUGCGAAACUCGAUAGAGCAGCCCAAUGACACAGUUCAACGAUUCACCUUUUACAAUCUGCAGUUGGCUGCUUUGCGCGUUGGGGUCAAUCUCAAACUGUUCAGCUCCCUGGAAGGGGGUCAGGCACCUCUCACCGUCGCUCAACUGAGCGAGAAGACGGGGGCCGAUUCCGUCUUUCUAGGACGCCUGCUUCGCUAUCUGGCGUCUUUCGGUGCCAUCCAGGAGACAGGCAAAGAUGCCUUCACCGCCAACAACAUCACCAAGACCUUCUCCCAGUCUGGCUUUCAGGCGGCGAUUUGCCAUUAUUUUGACACUAUGGGCCCCUCCAUCCAGAAUCUGCCGAGCUUCCUGGAGGAGACCAAAUAUGCGGAUCCUGAAGACAGCGCCAACACCGCACUUCAGAAGGCUUUCAACACUGAUCAGCCUGCCUUUUUCUGGCUCCAGACGCAGCCCCAGAAGAUGGCUUUCUUUCAGGAGUACCUGACUACUAAUCGCGCGGGGAUGCCGACAUUCCUGGACGCGUAUCCAGUUCUGGAUCGCGCGACGGGCCUGAGCCCAGAGCGUGCUCUGUUUGUUGAUAUCGGUGGUGGUUUCGGUCAGCAAGCGAUCGCGUUCCGUGAGAAGUACUCUCACCUCGAGGGCCGAGUUAUUGUACAGGACCUAGCGCCGACCCUGCAACAUGCGCUGCAGCACCCAAGGGUGGAAACCAUGGCGCAGGACUUCUUUCAGCCACAAGCCGUCAAGGGAGGAAAGUUCUAUUACCUGCGCAAUAUCUUCCACGACUGGCCCGAUGAUAAGGUCCGCACCAUUCUGAAGAAUACCAUCGAUGCCUUGGCAAGCGAUUCGGUUAUUCUCAUCGAUGACAUGGUGCUUCCGGAUGUUGGGGUUCACUGGCAGGCCGCACAACUGGAUAUCCUGAUGAUGACAACCUUGGCUGCCCGCGAGCGCACCCAGGAUCAGUGGUAUCAGCUUCUGAACAGUGCAGGUUUGAAGGUGAAUAAAAUCUAUACAUACACCGCCACUCUGAAGGACAGCAUCAUCGAGACUGUGCCCGUUUGAACUUGGGUCUCGCGGUGAACCAGAAAGUGAUUGAUUGGUUCAGGAUUUGCCAGAAGUGAUUUUGUCCAGUCGAAAUUCAAUCCUCAAAUUGUCAUACCUAGUUUUAAAGCCAAGUAAUCUUUUAUGUUUACACGCACCCCUGUUGCUUAGCUGUCCGUUCUAUGUGUACGGAAUUGUGAUCUCUUCGUCUUUCUACUCAUAAAGUAGAGCACACCUGGAUAAACCAGGACCACAAUCCCACGAUCAUGCCGGGACAAUGUAUCAAUAAG